AUGGCGAAUGCAGAUGUCGAUUUGAUUGAUGUCUACAGGAGAUUGAUUGACUCUCUCUUGGCAAAGGCAGAACAGGUCAAGCCAGGAAAGGAGGUCGAGCCCCCGUUGACAGAAACACAGCUUGGGGGAUCGUUUUGGCUUAUCCAGGGUAAAGAUGCGCAGCUCGUCAAGCAAUUGAGUCAACAAACACAGUUUGCCGCUGUGGAAAUCGCUUUUCGAGAAAAAUUUUAUGGUCUCCUCGCUUCUACAACGAUCGACGACUCGGAAUUUGUUUGUAUAUGGAAUUUACUGGACAUCAUAUCAGUUUUUUCCGACAAUGAACAAUGCGAGCCCGGCCUCAUAUUCUGGUUGAUUGAAGAACUAUUAGAUAGCCAGACGAUCGAGGGUUGCCGCAAGGUUUUUGACUACUUGGAGUCUCGGAGAGAACGGAACACGAAGGACACCGUCUUUUGCGGCCGUGUGUUUAUCUUCCUCUUCCAAAGUUUCCCUCUUGGGGAUAAAAGCGCGGUGAAUCUCCGAGGUGAAUACCAUACCGAGAAUGUAACGGCCUUCGACGAUACUACGAAGGAAACCACUGGUGGAACAGAUGGCAUGGAUUUGGAUUCGCCAGAUGGCAAGGAAACAACGUCGGUAGCCGACGUUCAGAACCAAGAAACUGAAGACCAAGCCACCACCGAAAAGGAGGACAAGUUGACCGCGCUUGAUACGAACAAGACGCCAAAAGUGACCGUUUCUCAAUCUGGGGGGCAAACAGGGGAACGCACACCCGACCUCGAUACUCUCUACCCUAUAUUUUGGGGUUUGCAGGCUUACUUCUCGUCGCCAACGAAAAUAUUCAAUGCCCAGCACUUUGCUACAUUUAAGACCGGGCUUGAAUCCACACUAUCAGCAUUUAGGACGGUUAAUACGGACCUCGAAACUUCUAAUAGCAAGACACAUGAGGAAAUUCGGAAGUCCACCAAACGGAAACGAACAGCAGAUGGACCUGAAAUUGCAAGCAGCUUCAAUCCAAAAUACCUGACAAGUCGGGAACUUUUUGAUCUUGAGGUCAACGAUACUGCCUUUAGACGACAUGUUUUGGUCCAGGCCCUGAUACUUCUGGACUUCAUGCUGUCACUUACGUCAAAGUCAAAAGCAAAACUGGCUGAUUUGACCAACAAAUCUGUCCUUUACGGGUUUUUACUUAAUGAUGAGGAUGCGCAAUGGGCCGUGAAAAUGAGGAAAUCAAUUGAAGGAUAUCUUCAAGAAGGUGCAGGAGGAAAAUUUUACUAUCGUAUGGUAGAUACUGUCCUAUCGCGGGAUAAGAACUGGGUGCGCUGGAAGGCUGAAGGCUGUCCUCCGAUAGAGAGGCCUGCAAUCUCGGUGGACGAGUAUCUUAGCGCGCGCGAAAAGGCAAUCAAGACAUAUGCCAACAGGCGACUUCGUUCUUCUCCUAUGAACUCUCUCAAUCUAAAGUUCCUUUCUGAAAGUGAAUCCUUGUCCGGAGUCGAAAGACUGAAAGAAACCGAAAGGUUCAAUGUUCCCGCCUUAGAGUCGCUCAUGCGAGUGAUUGAGGAUGUUGAAUUUGACAUCGAUACUGCGCAAACGAGGGAAGAUAAAGAAGCCGCUGUUCAAGCAAAAGCAAGCAAGACUUGGCUGAUGUUGCGGCUUUCCACCAAAAGCAAGUUCGCAGCUUUCGACAAGAUCGAGGACGGAAAAAACCUCAAGUCACUCUUUGAAACUGCGCAGUCCAUUGAAGCCACCACCCAGCCUACCAACAGUAUGCCGCAGGAUACUACAACGAAAUUUUCUCAGGAGGGCGAAUCAAAUGGGCCAUCGCAGGAUCAUGAAAUGGACACUGAAACUGGGGGAGGCGCAUCUGCUAUCGCUGAAGAGAAGGCAGCUGAUGUGAACGACGCAGUGGCCACCGAGGCUGAUGUGCCGGGGUCAUGA